AUGCCUCUUCACAUUAUAGGAACCAUAUUGGUAGAAGGAACUGAUAAAGUUCCCUACUGGAACCAGAUAAAAGCAAUUACUCCUGUUGUUCUUAGUAUCGCCUCUUUAAAGUACUAUUUUGCUGGCGCUAGAAAUAACUGGGAAAGGGAUUUGCAUGGGAAAGUUUAUAUAAUAACAGGUGGAACUUCUGGUCUUGGGGCUUCAUGUGCCAAAGAAUUAGCUUCUAGAGGUGCUCAACUAGUGUUAUUGGUUCGAAAUUUAAAGGACCAAUGGGUUAUAGACUAUAUCGACGAUCUACGAGAAUCAACAAAAAAUUUUCUAAUUUAUGCCGAGGAAUGUGAUUUAAACUCUUUACACUCCAUCAGAAAAUUUGCUACGAAAUGGUUAGAUACAACUAGCAUCAGGAGAAUUGAUGGUAUUAUAUGCUCUGCAGCUGAAUGUUUACCUAGAGGGAAAUUUAGAAAAUUAUCAGAGGAUGGCAUUGAAAAACAAAUUGCUAUAAACUAUCUAGCAAAUUUCCAUCUACUAAAUUUGCUUUCUCCUGCUUUGAGGUCCCAACCUCCUGAUAGAGAUAUUAGAAUUAUUAUGAUUUCCUGUUUGUCACAAGUAUUUGGUAAAAUUGAUUUAAAUGAUAUAUUAUGGGAAAAAAAAAGAUAUCCAAUUAAUAAACCUUGGAAAGUUUUUGGUUCUUCUAAAUUGAUGCUAGGCUGUUUUGCUCAAGAACUACAAAGAAGGAUUAACAAGUAUGAAAGAAAUGAUAAAUUGCCUUGUAACGUUUCUGUGAAUGUUGUAAACCCGGGCAUGAUGAGAUCUCCUUCAACAAAAAGAUUCAUUAGUUUCGGUACUUUGAUAGGUUUGCUUUUCUAUAUUCUUAUUUAUCCACUAUUAUGGAUUGUACUUAAAUCCACUUAUCAGGGUUCUCAAUCCAUUUUCUUCACCCUAAUGAAUGGUGAGCUUACUCACUCCAAAAAAUUUCAUUUUAUUCAAGAAUGUUCAAUUGUCAAUAAACAAAAGUUUUCAAGAAAGGAGUUAAAUGAUGAAGAAUUGCAAAAAAAAUUAUUUGAUAAGACUAAGGACCUUAUUAAAGACAUUGAAAAGAAAUCUGCAAUUGAAAGGAAAAAACAAAAAAUUUUGCAAAAUAAAAAUAAACCCUUAAAAGAAAAGUUAAAAUCAAAAAGCAAUGCGAAUAAUCCCAGCGUAAACUUGGGAUUCCAAAGAACAAGCAAAACGUUUCUAUUCUUGAUACCAAAGAACUCGGAAACAUUAUGA